AUGACCACUGAUUUGGGGAUCAUUGCUGUAGUAUCUGGCCUGGCUUUGUCUUCACUGGAGAAGAGUGGAAGGGCGACGUCCUUCAGCCGUGGCUUUACUAAGAACAUGAAGCUGGAGGCGGUGAACCCCAGGAACCCUGCAGAGAUAUGUGUCGCUUCUAUCACCUCAGUUAAAGGACGGUUAAUGUGGCUUCACCUUGAAGGUUUACAGAUGCCCUCGCCAGAGUACAUAGUUGAUGUAGAGUCUAUGGAUAUUUUCCCUGUUGGCUGGUGUGAAGCGAAUGCUUAUAACCUAACUCCACCACACAAAGCUGUUUCACGAAGGAAGAGAAGAAUUGCAGUUGUGCAACCAGAAAAGCAGUUACCAUCCACAGUGCCUGUUGAGAAAAUACCUCAUGACCUCUGCCCGGUUCCUCAGCCAGACACAACAGGCACCAUCAAUGGGAGAUACUGCUGCCCCCAGCUCUACAUCAACCACCGCUGCUUCUCAGGUCCAUAUUUGAACAAAGGCAGAAUAGCAGAGCUACCUCAGUCUGUCGGGCCUGGCAAGUGCGUGCUGGUCCUCAAAGAGGUUCUCAGCAUGGUGAUCAAUGCAGCUUACAAGCCAGGGAGUGUUUUACGAGAACUACAGCUAGUGGAAGACCCUCAGUGGAAUUUCCAAGAGGAAACACUUAAAGCAAAAUACAGAGGGAAGACGUACAGGGCGACUGUUAAGAUUGUGCGGACAUCAGAUCAGGUAGCAGAUUUCUGCAGAAGAGUCUGUGCAAAGUUGGAGUGCUGUCCCAACUUGUUCAGUCCUGUGCUGGUGGCCGAAGUCUGCCCGGAGAACUGCUCCAUUCAUACUAAAACCAAGUACACUUAUUAUUAUGGGAAGAGGAAAAAAAUCAUUAAGCCACCAAUUGGGGAAAAUAACAACAUGAAAAGUGGAUGUGUCAAGCCAGCCAGACGCAGAAAAAGACGGAAAUCCAUCUUUGUGCAGAGGAAGAGGAGGUCGUCAGCUGUCGAUUUGAAUGCUGCAGGCUCUGCAGAGGAGAGCGAAGAUGACGAGCCGGAUGCGAUGGAGGACGAGACGGGAAGUGAGGAAACCAGCUCAGAGCUCCGGGAUGACCAGACGGAUACCUCUUCUGCCGAGGUCCCCUCUGCCAGACCCCGGCGAGCGGUCACCUUGCGGAGCAGCACCGAGUCGGACAGACCUCCUCCCACGGAGAGAGCCCGACGGAGCCGGAGACCGCAGCCCCACUCCUAUGGCGAGGCGGAGAAGUGCACGCAAGUGAAGGAAGAAAUUAAGCAAGAAGAAGAAGAGAAGCUCAUCCUGGACAGUAAUCCACUGGAGUGGACUGUGACUGAUGUCGUGAGGUUUAUUAAACUGACUGACUGUGCACCCCUUGCCAAAAUAUUUCAGGAGCAGGACAUUGAUGGCCAAGCCCUUCUGUUGCUGACACUGCCCACGGUGCAAGAAUGCAUGGAGCUGAAGCUUGGUCCUGCCAUCAAACUGUGUCACCAGAUCGAGCGAGUAAAAGUUGCUUUCUAUGCACAAUACGCCAACUGA